GAGGAGAAUUCCCGGGGACCCCGGACAUGGUAAGCAACCGGAGCUUGCGGAGGCUCGGCGGAUACUAGAGGAUUAUUUCAUGAUGGGGGAGGACACAGAGGAAGAACCUGUCACUGACACAGCAACGGAAGAGGAUGAAAUUGAUCUAUAUAUAAACUUAACACUCACCUCAGCCUACCCUGAAGACCACGCGGCAAAGGCCUUGACCAUGGAAUCUCCGAAAGUGGCUGUGAUUGACCCCAGGGAAGAGGAGGUGGCCAAUGCUGGAGAAGAAAAGGAGACCGGAUCUUCAGACAUGGAACUGAUGGUAGAAGAUGGAAAAGAAGAGGAACGUUUUCCCCAAGAGUUUCAGCCCCGGUUUGCUUAUAGCACCAUGGAGGUAGAAGAAGAAGAAGAAGAAGAAGAAGAAGAAGACAUGACCGACUAUGGAGAGGUGCCUACAAGUCAGAAUGCAGGAAAACUGCAUGACUUGGAAGAUCCAGCUGUUAUGAGCGCUGUAUGCAGUCAGCUUCUGCUGGAGAAUGAAGAUUCUGCUAUUCUUGAUAGCAAACUGGCCAACGAUCUUUCAGAUUUUUCUCCCGAUUACUUGCCCCAUUCAAAGAGUUGUAUGUGGAAUCCAAUUCUGAGAAGGGCCCCGUCGUUAUCUGUGAUGCAGGCUCUAGAAAGGAUGUCUCGGUCCGCUUCCAAUCUAGACUUCCUGACUUCACCGUUGUGGACCAACUACCUCGAUUCCCCUGAUGUGCACUGCUCGGUUUUCUAUGGCAGGACUCCCGCUUCCCAGCGUUUCAUGUGUCAACAACCUCGAGUGAUGUCGCCUUCCAUAAGACCGCCUUAUCCGUUCACUCCAUCCCGUAGGUUACGUCGUCUGUUUGGCCGUAAUCAGAUGUCAGGAUAUGCUUCUCCACCUCCAUUUCAACCGUUCUUUUCCAAUGCCAGCAGCCCAACGUGGGCUUCGACCCACACCCCUAAAACACCACCUUUCAGCCCACCGGGUGGCAGCCAACAGAAGUUCAGCUUGCCCAGCACAAUGACCCAGUUGCAUCCUUUGCACCAGCGAUUUCUGACCCAAAGACUGCGAGGACAAGAAGCGAGACGUCCCUCCGUGGACUCCCAGCCAUCCGAAGCGGAUCCUUUCUCCGGCCUCAUGACUCCAGUUGAAAAAGAUUGGGUGAUAAAGGUACAGAUGUUACAGCUGCAAAGUGAAAAUCCCAAGCGGGAUGAUUAUUAUUAUCAGGAAUAUUAUCGCAAGCUGGAACACAAACAAGCCGAGAAAGGAUUCUUGGCAGGAAGUAAACCGGAGGUCCCUAAGCUCGUCACUCCGUAUAUCCAAAGAGUGGACAGCUAUGAAUCUAUAGUGCGGAUUCCUGGAUCCUUAGGACAGGUAGCCAUGUCCACCUGCUACAGUCCCCGCAGGGCUAUCGAUGCCGUGCACCAUUUCUCUGUGGAACAGGCGGUGGGAAGUCAACGGAUACAAGUACUGUACCAGAUCGAGAAUAUGUACCUUCUGCUCCUGGAGAUAGAGGAAAUUCAGCGGAAACUGGAUGUGGCCCCAGAGGAGAUGCAUCCCCAGUUAUGUGAGAAGCUUCUCCAUGUGCUAGAGCGCACCUACCAAGCACUGAGAAUUGAAAAGCAUUCUGGCAAAGAAGAGGUCCAAGAGGAGUUUCUACAGAUUCUACUGAUUAGAAAAGGGAAGCGGCUAGUGGCACGUCUCCUGCCACAUCUGUCCCCAGAGCAAGCCAAGAUAAUCCUUGUCAACAUUGUACAACACCUAGCAGUGCUUAUCAAGAAGGACUUGCUGGAGGAGACCCUCUCUGUCCUCUAUAAUCCUCUCUGUGACACCAUUGGGCAGUUGACCUUUAGACAGUUGAUGGACGUCCUCCACAAACUCACCCAGUUGCAGCCUGAUUCUGUCAAGCAAUCCCUCGCUUUGGUCUUUGGCAAUAAGUUUGCCAUCUCGCUGCUGUACCUGCUCUUAAGCCAUGGUGAGAGAUGCCACUCUUCAGAUACAUCCCCAAAGCCUGAUAGCAAAGAUUUGGAAACAUGGGUGGAUUUGGUGCUCCUUGUUGCAAGAGAGCUGUCUCAAGUUCCCAAGAUUUCCAUGGUGGAACCUCUUCACCUUCCCAGCAACCUUCUCUUCCUCUUCUGUCGCUAUGUGGACAAAGACAUUGUGAACCGCUUGGAUGUCCAGAUGGACUGAGGACGAUCCAUGGUUAUGGGAGUCUAUUGU